GAGAACAAUGAAACUGGCUUGGAGAAUGUAAUUGAUAAAGUGGCUACAUUUAAGAAACCGGGUGUGUCUGGCCAUGGAGUUUAUGAACUGAAAGAUGAAUGCUUGAAGGAGUUCAAUAUGUUCUUUUACCACUACACUAAGACCCAGCACAGCAAGGCUGAACAUACACAAAAGAAAAGAAGGAAACAAGAAAACAGAGAUGAAGCAUUGCCACCACCACCUCCUCCAGACUUCAGUCCUGCAUUCAGCAAUGUGGUGAGGAUUCUGAACUGUGAUGUUAUGAUGCACAUACUGCGGACCAUUCUUCAGAGAGCAGUAGAACUGGAAACCCACUUGUGGACUGAAGCUAUGAUCCAAAUGGUGCUUCAUCUCCUUUCUUUAGGGUUACUAGAAGAGAAGCAGCAAUUACAGAAGUCUCCAGAAGAAGAAGUAACCUUUGACUUUUAUCACAAAGCAACACGAAUGGGAAGCUCGGCCUUGAAUGCUGUGAACGUGUUAAUGCUUCUGGAAAAAUUAAAGAGAGUUCCUCAGUUAGAGGCACAGAAGGACACAGUCAAUUGGAUACUACAGAUGUUUGACACAGUGAAAAGAUUGAGAGAAAAAUCUAGUUUGGCAACAGUAGCAGCUACAUCAGGCUCAGAAGCUACAAAAGUUGAUGAGACACAGAGCACUCAGGAUAAAGAGAAAGCUGAGCGGAAGAGAAAGGCAGAAGCAGCUAGGUUGCACCGUCAGAAGAUAAUGGCCCAGAUGUCUGCGUUGCAGAGGAAUUUCAUUGAAACCCAUAAGCUCCUGUAUGAAAACACACUGGAGGCACAGGGGAAAGAGGAUGCUAUUAUGGAGGAAGAAAGUGUGUCUUCGGCAAUUGAUUACUCCAAAAUUGCUUUGGGUCCCAAACGAGGUCCAUCUGUUGCUGAGAAAGAAGUUCUGACCUGUAUUCUUUGUCAGGAGGAGCAGGAAGUAAAGUUGGAAAGUGCUGCCAUGGUAUUAUCUGCUUGCGUCCAGAAAUCAACUGCCUUAACUCAGAAUAGGAGCAGAAUUCCUGAACUCUCAGGGGAUACACUAGAUCCUCUCUUCAUGCACCCUGACUUACCUUGUGGGACCCACACAGGAAGCUGUGGUCAUGUGAUGCAUGCAGCCUGCUGGCAGAAGUACUUUGAAGCCAUGCAGCUGAACUUUCGACAACGUCUGCAUGUUGAACAGAUAUUUGACUUGGAGAACGGAGAGUAUCUUUGUCCGCUUUGCAAAUCUCUGUGCAAUACUGUGAUUCCUAUCGUUCCGUUGCAGGCUCAAAAAAUAAACAGUGAGGAUGCAGAGGCAGUAGCUCAAAUUCUGUCCCUGGCUAGGUGGCUGGAGACUAUCAUAGUCAGGAUAUCGGGCUACAGUGUGAAAAAUGCUAAAGGAGAGAAACAAAAUCUUCCAGCUUUCACCAACAAGGGAAUGGGGAACUCUGCUUUGGAAUUCCAUUCCAUCCUUAGUUUUGGAGUUCAGUCCUCAGCCAAAUACUCAAGCAGUAUCAAGGAGAUGCUUAUUCUCUUUGCCACUACCAUUUAUAGAGUUGGGCUAAAAGUUGCUCCAAAUGAAGCUGAUUACCGGAUUCCUAUGAUGACCUGGAGCACUUGUGCUUUUACCAUCCAGUGUAUAG